AUUUCUUGUGUUAUAUCUUGUGAUCACUUUGGGUUCGCUCGUACUGUCAGACAUAGCGGAAUUGUCUCAUUUUCGACAAGUUCUCCGUCCAGGAUUACUAAAGAUGAUGCUUCAUCGUCAUCGCUAGGAGAGAAAUAAGACGAAGAAGAGUCGGACCAGCGGUUACAACUUGAGGCUCUUUACAAGCAGGACUAUAUCCGUUUUUCCACCCUCUGUGGACUUGAAGUACACACGGUGCUUUGGGUCGUUUUUAGCUGUUCUUCCUCCACGAGUGCGGGGAAACAUGUCGGAUGAUUUUUUUCCCCUUGUGAGACGACUUUUUCACUGAAUGGGAAUGUCCGCUUUUUGGCUGUAGCUCCAUGUAAAGCGUCGCCUUUUCUCCCACGUCCAGUUCUUGGCUCCGGGGACUACCGUGCUGCUCGUAGCGGACGCAUCCAACUCUGGCGUCAAUGGAGCGUCACUUCAGUUUGAUUUCAAUUUGGCUCCAAUUGGAACUUUGUGCCAUGGCUGUUCUUCUCACCAAAGGUGAAAUACGGUGCUACUGUGACGAGGCGCACUGCGUGGCCACGGGGUACAUGUGCAAGUCGGAGCUGAACGCCUGCUUCACCAAGAUGCUGGACCCCUUCAGCCCAAACUCCCCGCUAACCCACGGCUGCUUAGACGCCCGCGACGUCUGCAGCGCUCGGAAGGGCGCCGACGCCGGUGCGGACGCGCUGGAGUGUUGCCACGACGACAUGUGCAACUACAGAGGUCUGCACGACCUAACGCACACCAAGGACUCCACAGAUCACAGCCGCUACCAACCGGAGAGCAACAACAAGAACCUGGUGACCCGAGUCCAGGAGCUGGCCUCGGCCAAGGAGGUGUGGUUCCGGGCGGCGGUGAUCGCCGUGCCCAUCGCGGGCGGCCUCAUCCUGGUGCUGCUCAUCAUGCUGGCGCUGCGGAUGCUGCGCAGCGAGAACAAGCGACUGCAGGACCAGCGGCAGCAGAUGCUGUCGCGGCUCCACUACAGCUUCCACGGACACCACACCAAGAAAGGCCACGUGGCCAAGCUGGACCUGGAGUGCAUGGUGCCCGUCACGGGCCACGAGAACUGCUGCCUGACCUGCGAUAAGAUGCGGCACACGGACCUCGGCAACGAGAACAUCCUGUCCCUCGUUCACUGGGGGAUGUACAGCGGCCACGGCAAGCUGGAGUUUGUAUGACUUCCUGUCCGGGACCGCCCCCCUUUUUUAUUCUGGAAAAAAACAUUCCCAUAUUUUUCUCCCGUCGGACUUUUGGGCCUGUGUUUUCAUUUAUUUUUACCAGUGGCAAAAAACACGAGACUGAUCUCAUGCCGUGUGGUUUUUGCUCGAGGAGCACUUUACUUGAAAAAUGAAAAGGCAAAAGGCGGCGAGAAGCCGCGCUGAAAGCCGACAGGGCGGGACCGUGAGGGCGGAGCGCGAGCUCCAAGGGAUCCUGGACGCGUACGCCGAGCAGCCAAUGAUUCCGCACCCGUCCCAGUUUUGCACAUUUGUAAAAAGAAGAAAAAGUUGUUGCUUGAAAAGGACGAUUUGACAGUGACAGCAGCAGGACACGGCGAGACCCUGCUGGGGGGGUGCACGCUCCUUUCCUACAGUCAAGCUUGUUUUAGAUGAAUGUUCAACAUCUCUGUGUCGUCACGCCACGCUCCGCUGGGGGCCUCCACCACUUUCAUUAAAAGUGACUUUUUAUUUAUUUGA